AUGCAGUCACUCGCGGAUGCAUUGAAGGACAUGCAGAAGCAGUCGCUACUGACUCGGGAUGUUGCUGAGAAACUGUAUGCUUACGGCAUUGAGACUAUGCAGCGGUGUCUAGAUCAGCCUGGAGCCGUUGGUAGCACGGUGCGGAUGGAAGCUGUGGGGCGAAUUGCCGGGUUUCGAGGUCAUCGUUCGAACUGGGUUGUCUGGGCCAAUGUGCCCAUGAUCCACGCUCGAAUUACGAAGAGCGACCAACAGUCUUUGGUUAAGAUCUCGUUGCGGCCAGCUCUCCGACUCAUCUUACGAAAAGUACCUGCCCAAGCAACUGGCAACAAGAAAGAGUAA